UAAGUCCACGUUUUUGCAUUAACCCUAAGAUCGCAUCUGCACAUUGCAGAAAUCAAAUUGCAUUCCAUUUUACGUUUAUAAGCUCUGAUUGUUGGUGAAAUCUCAUUAUUCUUCUGCGAAUUGAGAAUUUCGAAAAUUUUAAACGCCUCAACCGCUGUCAAACGUGUAAUAUUGAAUUCAGGUAUUAAUUUAUUUACGUUGAUACUAAAUUCCUUUCAGCAGAAUUAAUUGGGAAUGUUUAAUUAAUUUAAAUUUCGGGUUUCCAAAAUAUAGAGGGUAAUUGUUGGUGCACUCUUUUUGUAUUUAGUAGUUUGUGCGUUAUAGUUGUAUACACAAUUGAAUUAUAAUGUCGGAGUUAAAAACAAGUCCUGAUGAUAAGACUGGGAAGAAACGGAAUUUACCCUCAUGGAUGAGUUCCAGAGGUGAGGAAAACGAUGAUGACGAAAACACUAAGCAAGCAAGAAUUCAUAGCAAAGGAAAGAAGGAUCAAAAUGCCCUUCACACUCAACCCGGACAUCAAGAAGAGUCUUCUUCAGUUGCCUAUUCUGGUGCCACAACUUUCUCGAAGCUGAUGGAAGGGGUGGUAUUUGUGCUGUCAGGAGUUGUGAAUCCUGAGCGAGGUGUUUUGCGAUCACAGAUGUUGGAAAUGGGAGCAGACUAUCAGCCUGAUUGGAACUCGAAAUGCACUCUCUUAAUAUGUGCAUUUCCCAACACCCCUAAGUUCCGCCAAGUUGAGGCUGAUUGUGGAACUAUAGUUUCCAAGGAUUGGGUAUCACUGUGUUACGACCAGAGAAAACUUGUUGAUAUUGAAACAUAUCUUCUGCAUGCUGGUAAACCAUGGAAGAGAAAAGGCGUACUUGAUGAAGCUAGGCAAGAUACAAGACAAUCUACAUCUAGAAAAUCUACGAUACCAGAAGAGAAGAAACUACAUUCAAACCCAACGACUUCUGCUUCAUCCAAGAUUACAGAUUGUUUUCCUCCUUCGGAAGUGAAGAAAUGGGCUAUUGAGGAUUUAACGAAAACAAUAUCAUGGCUGGAAAAUCAAGAAGAAAAGCCAGAGCUGAGUGAAAUUAAGAAAAUAGCUAGUGAAGGGAUCCUAACAUGUUUACAGGAUGCCAUAGAGUCUCUCAAGCAAGGACAGGAUAUUCAGCAUAUAGCGGAGCAAUGGGCAUGCAUUCCUCGGGUGGUUGAGGAAAUAGCCAAGUUUGAUGACAACUGUGGUGAUCAGGAUUCACUUCAUAAGGAAGAUUUGCAGAGACAGGCAAUCUCUUGUAAACAAAUUUACGAGCUGGAAUAUAGCAAAAUGGAUGAUGACAUAUCCAUAAAGAAGAAAACAUCAAAAACUAAGAGAAGUGAAAGUGGCAAUAUGAAGAAGACUCUGGUCAGGGAUGAUACAGCUUAUGAUAGUGAUGAAACAGUUGAAAUGACAGAAGAAGAAAUAGACGAAGCUUAUAAUACAGUUGCUCGUGUCUUUGCAAAUGCCAAGGAAGUCUCACCGUAGACAUUGCAUUUUUGUCCUUUCCUUGUUAUCGCUCUGUUCCCAUCUGUUUUCACAAUGCACGGAAAAUCGAAAUGUUGUUAGCUGAAUCUGAGUAGGAUGAUUAGUACAUGAAUUUCGCUCUUCGGCUUAUUUCUCCUUUUCUUGUAAUUUUUUCCCGUACCCUCGGUAUUCUGAUCAUGGAAAAUUGAAGGUUAACAGUGAACUGAUAAUUUUCA